AUGAACAGCGAGUUCCAAUCCGGAAUGCUUGAAGAAUUGUUAUGGACUCGGACAAAGCUUGGGCAAGGAAACCUCAGGCAGUCCGGGUCAUUCACGUGGAUGGAGACUGCAAGCCCGCCGCAGCCAGUGCCUCUCACUGUCAUCCGGGAUCCCACUUUGAAGCCCCUCACAGAUGUACGGGCAAUCCUCUAUCUACCGAAUCGGACAGUCAGGUCCCUUCCAGGCAUUGUUGCAGGUCGGACAACACUUUACCACCAUGAGCAAGAGCCGUUUUACCAAGCUAUGAAGGGCCGACACCCGCGCGCGACCGGCGACAAAAUCGGGGAAGUCUUCGGAACACGCCCUGGGCUCGGCGUUGCGCUGGUUCGCCUUAUAUCAGCUGCCUCGGCCGGUUUUACGAACGAAUGUUAUUUUCAGGCCGAGCUCCCUCGAGCAUUGCUGGAAGGCGAUCAGAACGAGCAGGGGACAUGGGGUGAAGUGGAUGGUAUGAGCUCCGGUGGUGUUGAUGGCUUCUACAGUUGUUCGAUGGAACCAAGUGUCUAA